AUCCGGCGGCGGCCUUGCCUCAGGGCCGCGGCGCCUUGCUGCUCCGCCUUCACUCUAACAACACAAACAUGAAGAGCUGGUGCCAACACGCCGCGUCUUACUAUAAAAGGUGCUGCCGCCGUCCAGAGGGACACAGUUCCUGCCCCAUAGCAUCCCGAACGCCAUGGCCAACCGCGUUGUUGUCGCCGCCCUCGUGGUCGUCUUCGUGGCCCUGGCCAGUGCCAUGCCCCAGCCUGAGGCUCUCCCCGGCUUUAGGGGGGGCUUCCAUGGCGGCGGCUUUGGCCUGGGCGGCUUCCAUGGCGGUUUCGGCGGCGGCCUAAUUGGCGGCGGCUUUGGCGGCUACCGCGGCAGAGGAGCGCCGAGGCAGCCCCAGAACCCGGCUUUAGGCAUGGCGCCGGUUUUGGCCAGUAGCUUCCAUGGAGGCUUCGGUAGCGGCUUUGGUGGCGGCUUCAUCGGCGGCGGCUUUGGCGGCUACCGGGGCAAAAGGAGCGCCGAGGCUGACCCUGAACCCGGCUUUGGUCACCGCGGCGGCUUUGACGGCUUCCAUGGCGGCUUCCACAGAGGAUUUGGCGGCUUCGGUUACGGCAAGUGAGGGCAGCACCAUACAGCCUGACCCUCGCUUAUCGCCGGAAGACAUUAACUGCUUCCUUUUCUCAAUAA